CUGCUCUGAGUUGUCCGGUGUGAUUCUUGCAGCGGACACCUCCUCAUCGGACUGGCGCUUUGAGGAAGGUCUCAAGACAAUGAUGGAGCUAAUGGCCGCUACCCCUUUCUAUCACAUCAAUGCAACAGAUGUUACUGGAAGAAAUGGCUCUUUGUAUGAUGACGACGAUGAGUAUGAGUAUAAAGAUGAACAUGCUGAGCUGAGACAGUCUCUUAACAUCAUGUCUCUCAUUGUUUACUGCCUGGCCUUUGUUCUUGGUGUGCUCGGUAAUGGAGUGGUUAUCUGGGUGACCGGGUUCAAGAUGAAGAAAACUGUUAAUACAGUUUGGUUCCUCAACCUCGCUUUGGCCGACUUCCUCUUCACAGCAUUCCUGCCCCUGAGUGUGACAUACACAGCUAUGGACUUCCACUGGCCUUUCGGCAACUUCAUGUGUAAACUAAACAGCACUAUAAGUUUUCUGAACAUGUUUGCCAGUGUCUACAUUCUGGUGGUGAUCAGUGUGGACAGAUGUGUGUCUGUGGUGUGGCCCGUCUGGGCCCAGAACCACCGAAGUGUACGCAAGGCGUCCUUUGUGAGUCUGGGUGUUUGGGUUCUGGCUCUGAUUCUCAGUGCUCCAUACUUCAUCUUCAGGGACACUGGGCCAUCAUAUAACAAUGACGACAUCAUCAACUGCUUCAACAACUUUGCUUUUUCUGAUGACUAUGAAACACCGUCUGUGAAUCAGCUGCGACAGUUCCGUCAUCAGGCCAUGACCAUCACCCGCUUCCUCCUGGGAUUUGUUGUUCCCUUCACUGUCAUUGUCUCCUGUUAUGCUGUGAUAAUCCAUCGUCUCAGAAGAAACCGUACCCUGGCCAGCCAAUCAAGUCGCCCCUUUAAGAUCAUCGCUGCAGUUAUCACCACUUUCUUCCUGUGCUGGGCUCCUUAUCACAUCAUGGCUUUAAUUGAGUUAGUAAACCACAUGGCUUAUCAUGCAAGUGAAACAUUAGACCAUGUCACCACUAUCGGAGUCCCUAUAGCAACCAGCCUGGCCUUUCUCAACAGUUGCCUGAACCCACUGCUGUAUGUGUUCAUGGGCCAAGAUUUCAAGGAUAAAGUCCGCAAAUCCAUCCUGAAUGUUUUGGAGACUGCCUUCCAGGAAGAGGUUUCUCGUUCUUAUACCUACACAAACUCAAUGGUUACCAGUCGGAGCAAAGAAAAGUCUGUUUCUGAUGCCGAGGUAUAAGGUUAUCCAUGACAUAAAUAAACAAAUACUGUAACUGUACAUAGCAAAUGUAACUGUAUAUAACAAAUAUCUUAGCUUUUGUUGUUUUUUCAUUCCCUCAAGGCGAUCUGUAUACAUUAUCUGAAAUUGAAACAUUUCACCUGUUACCAUUUGAUUGAUAUAGGUUUUUUUAUGAUUGGAAACUUGACAUACAGCUUUCACCGUGUUUAAGGUCUGUUAGAGCAGAUAGGUGGUAAUAUUACACAAUAACUUCUAGAUCCAUUUGUGAUGCAUUUGUGGGAUAAAACAUUUUGAAAUAAUAAAAAAGCUUUAUAAAUAAUAAUAAUAAUAAUAAUAAAGCUUAUUUAUAUAGUGCUUCACAAGGGAAAAAAGAAAGAAAACAGAACACACACACACAUAAAUAAACACAUGCAGACUAACACAUACUCAUUUGCCCAAAUUGAAUAACCUGUAGAGCAAGUGGCUACAUUUAUCUUUUGAGAAACAGUGGUGCCUCUUCACUGCACAGUCCUCUUAUUGGCUGCAUUUUGACUCACCUUCAGUCUGUACCAUACUAGACCUAGUGGAUAUGUAAUGUGCCAUCUUCUUUGACAAGAGAAACCAGUCAUAAUUUCAAAAUAGGUAUUACAUCAGUUUAUGGUUUAAUGUUUGCAACACAAGCAACAAACCUAUAACAUUUAGUUGGCAAAGGGAACUUUAUGUUUUUCAUCUGUCACAUACACUCCAGAUGUUGAUUACUAUAGAAUAUCCCUGCCUGUAUGUGAUGUCAAAGAAAACAAGCAACAAAACAAGUCCCAUUUGCUUAUAGGCCAUGAGUGUGGGCCACAAAGAACAUAAUGCCUUUCGUAGUAGGCUGUAAACUAACGUAUUGAAGAGUAAUAAUAUAGAAUCUACAGUGUGAAAGUGAUGGAGAAGCACUGCACAAACAGGCUUAAAGCAAGUCAAUUUCCAAACUUGCCCCUCACACACAACUAAACCCAGCCACUGAUCCUAUCCGAUGUGUGUGCAUGACAAAAUUGUGCCCAUUACAGUGACCACAAAGACCAUCUUUGGGUAUGUACAAAGUGAAAGUGAGGUGGGCAGCUACUUCACGUAAUUAUACUAGUUUAGUUUAAUUCAUUCAGUCUGUAUAGUAAUUUUCAUUAAGGAAAUCACCCUGUAAUGUCUAUUUCUUAUGUCGCCUGCCAGGUGGCAUAGCCAGAAAGUGAUUUAAUGGACUUUUGACUGCUCCAUGUCUUCUGCAUGCUUUGAUAAAUAUAAUUUUUUUUUUUUUUUACAAUUGUUAUUCAGCACUAGGACAGGCUAAUGUAAGCUCAGUAAGUACCUUAAUAGUGACUUUGAGAUUAUUAUGCUUAAAAGUAGCAGCUGCAUUGUAUACUUCGCUUGGUGUAAUCUUUGGAUCACUGUUUUUUGGGGGGGAAAUGUCUGAUAUGUAAGUACAUGCAUAUUGUGCUAUAAUCUGAAAGUUUUAAUGUAUCAUUUCCCCCAUUUUUCUACAGAUUAUUUUCAUUAUCAAUUAAUCUGCCAGUUUCUGGAUUUUCUCUCAAUAACGCAUAUGUUUUAUAAAGGAAAUAGCAUAAAAUUGUUCUUCCCACUUUCCUAGAGUUCAAUGUGACAUCUACAAGUGUCUUAUUUUGUCUGAACAGCACACAGAAAACUAAUAUAUUCAGUUUAAAAAUAAAGAUCACGAAAGAACACCAAGUACUAACAUUUUAGAAGCUAGAACCAGUAAAUAUUUGGCAUUUGUUAAAUUAAAAGAUCAAUCAGGUAUUAGUCGACUAAUUGAAUGGAAAGAAUUUGGAAUGGCACACAUAUUCUAUGUACUGUAUGACUUUGAUAUAAGUGGCAUAUUGGGAUUUAAUAACCUCUCUUUUGAACCUAUCUAUGAAAGAUUUAUUGUGAUGUAACCAAUGAUAAUUUGAUUGUUUUUUAGCCUCAGUGGACAACUCUGCCAAGAGUCCAUAAAUGGUGAUAAUAAUGUUA